AUGAGCUCUCUUGAAAGAGAGAAGGAGCCAUUGCCAGGAAAUAUCUUGAAGCUCAAUUUAUUAGUAGAGGAUGAAGCGACUCUGGAAACAAUAGCAAGCUCAAACAUCUGGUUACAUGUUAGCAAGGCCGACUACGAGCCAAGUCUGGAUCCUACGUUUAUCAAUAUGUCAUUGGUUGCAAUCUGGUCACUUGGUUAUUAUCAUAUUAAAGUCACCCGAGAAGUUUUUAACACAAUUUUCAAACAAGAAUCAAUUUCCAAGAUUGAGCCUGGUGAUGCAUAUGAGAUCUUUACAAAUUUGUUCCCGCUCGACCUUGAUGGUUUGGUGGAGAGCAAAGAGAAAGACGGACGCCAUCAAAAUUUGUUUCUAAGUGCCAAAAUUAAAGCAAGUAAAAGUGAUUAUAAUGCAGAGGGGGUACCAGUUACAGACAGAAUUGAUAACGAUUUAACUAUAUUGAUCAAGAGCAAUACCAAGUUUUCGCCCACUGUGGGGCUUUUCACAAUGAAGGCAAUUGAUUUUGAAGAUUACGAGUAUUUAGAAGAUGAGCGGGAUUUGUUAAACUGGAUGGCUUUGUAUAGCGCGCAAAAUGAAAAAUUGCUAAAUAGUCUUGUGAAAUGCAAGGCGAGUCUAAAUCAAGUUCAAGAGGCUAACUUGCUCUUGGAAGAUGGUUUGCAAAUAGCGAAAAGAGACAAUCAAGAUAUAGUUUUUGAUUUGGAAUCGAAAUUUUACCAAGUUUUGAAUGCAAAGAAAGAUGUUAUUUAUGAGUUGACAAAAGGUAGUCGACCUAGUGAUGAAUUGAUUGGAUUAAAUCAAGGAUUUGUUGGUGGUGUGAGGAAACUCCGAAAUAUCGAUAUGGGUGCAUUACCAGUAAAGGAAGGUGAAGCUGAGAAAAGAGUGAAGAAGGAGAAACCAGUGGGAAGUAAAAGACGUAAAACGGGAAAGGUAAAAGUGGAGGAAAUGGAGGAAAUGGAGAAGGUGGAAGAAGAAAAGCAGAGUCAGAAAAGUGAAACUACACUUGAGGAGGAGAAUAAACUCCCAAGGGUCAAGAUAAAGAAAGAAACAGAGUCACCAUUAAAAUCAUUGUCAGCAGAGGAUAAGCCUUUUCCCAAGAUUAAGGAUGAGCCUUAUUCCAAGAUUAAGGAUGAGCCUUUUCCCAAGAUUAAGGAUGAGCCUUUUCCCAAGAUUAAGGAUGAGCCUUUUCCCAAGAUUAAGGAUGAGCCUUUUCCCAAGAUUAAGGAUGAGCCUUAUUCCAAAAUCAAGGAUGAAUCUGCUUUUUCCAAGAUCAAGGUCAAAAAUGAGCCUGACGUUGUACCAAAAGAAAACAAGCAAGAUUUGGAAAAUAAAACUAAACUCAUUUCUCACGCAGAACCAAUCUUUAAUAGAGAGGAUUUGAAAUUUUCUCAAAAUGCAAUAGCUGCGAAUUCUUCAACUGAUGAGGAACUAGAAGCUGAAAACGAGGUUAAAACCGAAGGAGAGACAACAGAGUAUAGCUCAGAUGAUGAUUGA